AUGUACAACUCCCACAGCAACUACCAUAAGACAGUCGUCUUGAUUCUAUCAGUGUGGCGGCAACCUUCCCAAAACAUCGGUCACCAUAAGUCACAGUACGCGACUUAUGCACACAAAGCAGGGACUCAGCCUCUGGCCGUAAUGAACGUAAAGGUUGAUAUGACAUGGUGUCUAUACAAAGUUUACAAGAACCCUAUGAACUGGGCAGAUGCCAGACAAAUCUGCAGUGAAGAAGGACAUGAUUUGCUAAGAAUAUCAGACUCUGCAGAGCACUCCUAUCUGACAUCAUACUUCAUGUCCUCUUUAGGUUCUGCCUCGCCCUCACUACUCGAGUCUACUCUCUGGAUCGGUAUGCAGCAACUGGACGGCGAUGUCCCUCGUUGGCAUGAUGACUGUACCAGUCAGGCCAACACAUACAGCCCGGCAUCUGCCGCUCCAUCUUCUGCAUGUUUUGUGUUCGAUAACGAAGCUACUACAUUAACGCAUGACGCAUGCUCCGCUUCUAAGAUGUUCAUUUGCAAAGCAAAAUCUUAUGAUCUUACAACGUGCUAUACAACAGUGAGCGCAAUGAAGGAUGUCGCAUUUACAGAUGCUAGUUACGGAGGAAUCACUGCACCUACAGACUGUGCUAGGAAAUGUUCAGAACGAAAUUGUGUAGGAUAUACACACGAUCUAACAAAUGAUGUUUGUCGACUAGCGACGUUUCAGUUAUCAGCGGUUUUUUCUAAAGGCGCUGAACUAAAGUACAUGAAGGAUCUCAUAUCUACCGAAGCAAAAACUGUAACAUUCCCUCACGACGUAACCAGUGAGCCUUGUUUCUCGAGCGUACCCUCCGUCGUUCCUGUGGCAACCACUACCGCUCUUCCCGAGGUGACCACCACUGCUGUCCCUGUCGUAUCCACUACCGCCAUUUCCAGUUCAUCCUCUUCAAGUACAGCGUCGUCUGUUUCAAGUGUUUUGGAGACUAGCAUGAUGACCACGACUGCAGAAACGUCAUCAUCACCCACGCCCCAACUUAGCAAUACCAUAACAACUGUGGAUUUGACAUCAAACGCCCAGAGUACCGAAUCCGUCACUAACCUGUACACUGGAACAUCCAGUAGUUCCUGCUACCAUUGUUUCUGCAACAGUAACCUGAUGACGUCAUUAUCACCUGAGGAACUACAAUCCCAAAUAGAAAAUCUUAAAAAAGAACUGACGGUCGAGAAGAAAGACCUGUCGUCAUGGAAACGAAAACUAAUAAGCAUUCCAGAUGAGCGGGUUUCAGCGAAGUCUCUCGGAUACCUAGGUGCUGGGAUGCUGGCAGUUGUGUUCGGUGCCGUUGUACUGAUUGACCUUCCGAGGUUUAUGAACGGAUUGAAGGUAUUCUACCAUUCAGUGUGCAGCCACAAGAAGAUAAACACCAUCGAGUGA